AUGACCAAAGGGGGAAUCUACAGGCCAGUCAUCCUCACCUCGAACUGCAGAAAGGUUAUGGACGCGGUGGGGCAGUGGCCCCUGGCGAGCUGGGGAGGGGGGGAGGUCAGCGAGGGGAGGCCAUGGUGGAGCCCUGUCCCUCUUCUCCAGCUGAUCACCCUGAGCGGCUCGGCACAGAUGGUCACCAGCUCCGAGACAAAGGGGAACUUGCUCAGUGCCUACAUGGCAGGCGCCCUGGCUGUCAUGGUGGCUGUCUACACGGCGGGAGGAGUCUCAGGGGCCCACCUGAACCCGGCCUUCUCACUCUCCAUGUGCCUGGUGGAGCAGCUUCCCUGGUGGAAGUUUCCCAUCUUCAUGACUGUGCAGACCUUGGGAUCUUUCAUUGCCGCCGGAGCCGUCUACGUCCUCUACUAUGGUAUGGGGAGGUGGGUGGGCUCCCGGUGGUGGAGGAACACCGCGGCGUGCUGAGCUGUUGUGCCGGCCCCACAGGUGAUAGGUACGGGGGUGUUGAUCCUGGGCAUCCUGGCCAUCAUGGACAACCGCAACAAAGGUGUCCCCAAGGGCCUGGAGCCGGUGGUUGUGGCCCUGCUGGUGCUCUCCAUCGAGGUCUCCAUGGGCUCCAACUGUGGCUGCCCCUUGAACCCCGCACGGGAUUUUGGGCCCCGGCUCUUCACCUACGUGGCAGGUUGGGGCCCGGAGGUCUUCAGGCCAGGGAAAAUUGUCAAUGAAGGAGAAUUUCAGUCUUAA